AUGGCAAGCGAGGCGGAGUUCUUCGAGAAAUAUGCGGAGUUCUUCGAAGAUGGCGUGUGGGAAGACGACGAUCAAGCUACCGAUGUGAUGGCGUUGUUUGUUCUGGAUCAGGUUCCUGUCGAGACACUCAACGACAUUUUGAGCCGGAAUAAGGCCGAUUGUGAGGGGGCAUCCUACAUCUGGCUUGCGGACAAGUAUGACAGCCUUCCAGACUACUCUGGAGGUAUGUCUGCUACGGGAACUGAGGCUCCGAUCGAUGCUGGAUGGCAGUCUCCUUUCCUGGGGAAGACUACCCAGGACGCAUCGACAUUUGUUCGUAAUGCACCCAAGCCGCCUAAACCCUUGUGCAAGCUCUUCUUUGCCGUGCUCGAGAAGGAACGCUACGAGCAACAUGGGCAGCUGCUUGUUUGCAAAGCCAUAGACGGCCACGUGCAGACUAUCCCCUGUGCAGCACACGGGAUUGGGACGUUCUUCGCCGGGUUCGAGCGCGACGAGUGGGAGGAGAGACGUGGUAUUGAUGGAGGACAGUCCGAGAAUAGGACAAGAGCUGAAUUCCUUUCGUUACAUGCGUAUGCGCAAAAUGCACCUUUUCUUCUGCCAAAUGGAACAACAACAAAUAUCCCAGGCACUGCUGGAACCGCAAUUUCUUCAACAACAAGCACGAGUCUGUCCAGCUCUUUUUCCUCGAUCGACUCUUCUGCAUCCAGUUCGACAAGCUCCAUAACGUCCUCCAGCUCCACCACCGGUCAAGAGGCAACGAGCAGCGCGUCUUCAUCUUCCACCGGUGGCUCGUCAGGAACCUCAUCGAUUUCAAGCACGACCUUGAACAACAAUGGAACCACGUCCCAGUCGAACAGCAUUCCUCUCGGAACUGGUGCCACCACUUCUACAAUAGGGGUUACUACGUCAACGACUUCUACAGGAAUGACUCUCGCUCCAAGUAUUAUAGCGUCCGGCAACGGCUCUGGAAUAGUCAUUGGAUCUUUCACGUUGACUCCAGGAGGAUCGGCCUUCAGGAGCGGCACAGUCUCCAUCUCGUUGGCCUCUUCGGGCAUUUUGAACAUAGAUGGUAGCACAACGUCCCUCCCAGGCGCCAGUGUAUCAACUCCAGCGACAUCCACCUCUACCAAUACGGCUUCUGAGACACCAGAGAUCACGUCGACAAUGACUACCGUGCCAACGGGAGUGUCUACGGAGCUCAUCACGUCUAGCGGAAUUACUACGAACACUUGGAUUACCACAACCAAAGAUGACAGCACGACCAUUGUGCCCGUCAUUUGGUGCUUUGAUUGCGGUGGUGCGGUGGUUAUUUGGAACUUUCCCCCUGUUCCAUCUGUCCUGUUCGAUUGGACAUCUGUGUUUCCCAAGUUACCAAAGUUCGACCUUCCUUGCGUUAAGGUCUUUGGCAUCCAGGUAUCUGGAAGCUGCCCAGACCCAAAGACGCAGGAUGAUACUGAAAAUGACGACGACGACGACGACGACGAUGAUGAUGACAACGACUCCUCCUCUUCUACAUCAUCGGCAAGCAGCACGUCUUCUACGCAAUCGUGCUCAGCGGGAACCACCACAGUCAGCGACUGCCGCGUCGGCUGCUCACUUUCAUACAGCACGAUUGACAGCAGCAUCUCCAGCACGACGGUGUGCUAUACCACGACCUGCGAGCAGACGGUAGGCUGCAGUCUGCAACCCACGACCACGACCUCAGUCUCAACUUCAUCCCUUUCAGGCGACUCAUGCCCAUUUUCUGCUACAGAAAGCUACAAUGCCGUAGCGACCUACAGCUCGCUUGGCAUGGAGUUGCCAGCGUGGAUGGCCUUCCCAUUAACUUACGUCUUCUCCACGACCGAUUCGAACACUGCAACGACAAACUCGUCCACAUCAAGCACGUCGACUGAGUCGAGCGAGUCGAGCGAGUCCAGCACCUCAAGCACAGUCUCAUCGACCAAUACAACAUCAAUCGCACCAGCUACUUCGUCAGAAGUUAUGCCUACAUUGACUGCGACAAACACCGGCGUUGGAACGAGCAGUGGUAGCACUUGUGAAAGUACAACAACCUUCGAGCGCUGCAACGGGUCUGGAGGCAGAUCGAUCUGCGUUACAUCUUCGUCUUGCGCCUCUUGGGUCGCCACCGCAACUUCGACAACACCGACGCCAGAGCCAGAGCCGUCGACUACAUCCGUGGCGCCUGCACCAACUCCGACGACCGCGCUCACCGUACGCGAUCCGGUAUGCCACAAUGAAGCCGACUUCCCAGGCCACGCCGACAUCAAUCCAGCUUCGGUGCCAGAUGGUGCCGGCGAUUUCUGCGGCGAUCACAAAGUGGACUUCACGCCAGACUCCGCGAAGAUCAGCGAAAACUAUCAGAACAUAUACUCGGUCAACUAUCUCUUCGAAGUAGAGUGGAUCGACGGCUGUGUGACAAGCGAUAACUCGCAGUCAGUGGAAGAUCCGGUUGGCAACGAUGACUGGCAUUGCUCGGAUCUCUUGCAAAGGGCGUUCAGUGGUUGUAACAAUGGAGGAGUGGGAGGAUACGUUGAUGCUGGGUGUUUGCGGUAUACAUUUACCGGCGGGCUGGGCGAUAGUUAG